AUGGCUUCUUCACGCAUAUUCAUCAAGGGACUUCCUCCAAAUAUUACCGAGGAUGAAUUUAAAGUUCAUUUUGGCGCGAAGCAUGAAAUCACUGAUGCAAAAUUGAUUUCUCACCGGAGAAUUGGUUAUGUUGGUUACAAAACGCCCGAAGAAGCCGCAAAUGCAGUCAAAUAUUUCAACAAAUCAUUUGUACGAAUGUCAAAGAUCGGCGUGGAGAUUGCUAGACCUAUAUCAGAUGCGACAUUACCUGUGUCGAGGAAAACACAACGUGAACAAGAACGAGAGAGUAUCAAGUUACGAAAGCUUGAACAAGAGGCUGAUGAUGCAAAAGCAUCCGAAAAUCUAAAUACUGGAACGAAGAGAAAGCGAAGUGAUGUGGAUGCUGCGGAUCCUAAACUACAGGAGUUCAUGGAGGUCAUGCAACCGGCCUCAAAGUCGAAUUCGAAUAUGUGGAAAGCCGGAACUAUGGAUGAUGAUAUGGAGGAACCGCCAACGAAGUUACAAGCCAUUGAAGUACCGGAGGAAGAAAGCGAUGGCGAAUAUCAGUCUGUACCUAGUAAGGCUAAAAAGGCACCUGCAAAGGCCGUGGAACCACAACCACCUGCUGCGACUGCUGUACCAGUUGCCUCAACUGACAUUGCCGACAAUUCGAACCAAGCGGACCAGACGAUGAUUCAUACACCCUCUAAUAAUGUUGAAGCCACAGAUGAUGACUGGCUGAGGAAUCAUACUAGUCGAUUGAUAGAUAUAAUGGACCCGGAAGACAUUAUUCCCAAAACAAAAAAUCUAAACGUCAAGGAUGUCGAAGAGGUGACUGCGGAAGGAGCAGAGCCCAAUGCACCAGUUGAAGAUAUGAUUGUCGACGAAGAAUCAGAAGCUGUCGUAGGAGAGGCCGAAAACCCACCUUCAGAACUCGAUACGACACUUGAAACGAUCAAAGCCAGUGGACGAUUGUUCGUGCGAAACUUGCCAUACAGUGCCACGGAGGAUGACCUGCGGAAGCAUUUCGAACAAUACGGAUCUCUAGAAGAGAUACAUUUACCAGUGGAUCCCAAAGGUGUCAGCAAAGGUUUCGUGCUAGUGCAAUACACGGACCCAAAUGCUGCUGCUGAAGCAUAUCAUAACAUAGAUGGCGAGCCUUUCCAAGGAAGAUUAUUACACAUAUUACCUGCUGCAGCCAAACGAGAUAACAAGCUAGAUGAGUUCGCGAUAGCAAAACUCCCCUUGAAGAAGCAGAGACUUCUCAAGAAGAAGGCCGAUUCUUCCUCGAACACUUUCAAUUGGAACUCUUUAUAUAUGAAUCAGGAUGCUGUGAAUUCAUCGGUGGCUGAACGCUUGGGAGUAUCGAAAUCCGAACUUCUUGACCCAACUUCGGCAGAUGCUGGAGUCAAGCAAGCCAUUGCUGAGACUUCAGUCAUUCAAGAAACCAAGUCGUACUUCGCAAAUAAUGGAGUCGAUCUUGAUGCAUUCAAGAAACGCGAGCGUGGAGACACCGCCAUAUUGGUUAAAAACUUCACCUACGGCAUGACUCUAGAUGAGCUUCGAAAGAUGUUCGAAGAGUUUGGCCAAGUUAUUCGUGUUCUCAUGCCCCCGACUGGUACGAUCGCAAUUGUUGAGUUCGCACAACAAACACACGCAAGAGCAGCAUUUGCAAGCCUUGCAUAUCGACGUAUGAAGGAUACAGUACUUUUCCUAGAGAAGGCGCCCAAGGACCUCUUCACUGGUCCUGCUCCUACUCAACCAGUGGCAACAAUCAAUAGGAAUGCAGAUAAAGCAGCCGAUCCUAAAUUCUCAACAUCUGAUCUACUUGAAAGUGAAAGUGGCGUUGAAAAUGUGGACACAAGUACCUUAUUCGUCCGUAAUCUUAACUUCAUCACGACGAGUCAACGUCUCACGGAAAUUUUCAAGCCCCUUGAUGGCUUUUUAUCGGCACGCGUCAAUACGAAGACGGAUCCAAAGAAGCCAGGCCAAGUUCUCAGCAUGGGUUUUGGCUUCAUAGAAUUUAGAACCAAAUCUCAAGCACAGGCGGCAAUCAAGGCGAUGGAUGGAUACACACUUGACAACCAUAAAUUACUGGUCAAGGCGUCUCACAAAGGAGCCGAUGCUGCCGAGGAUAAGAGGAAAGAAGACAGAGCUAAGAAGUUGGCAGGCAAACGCACGAAACUUAUUGUUAAGAAUUUACCGUUUGAAGCUUCCAAAUCCGACAUCCGAAAGCUGUUUGGAACGUAUGGACAGCUCCGAUCGGUGCGCAUGCCCAAGAAAUUCGAUCAUUCAACACGUGGUUUCGCUUUUGCAGACUUCAUUACGGCUCGUGAAGCGGAGAAUGCACUAGAGGCUCUCAAGGAUACCCAUCUUCUUGGCCGUCGCCUGGUAAUCGACUUUGCUUCCGAAGAAACUGUUGACGCAGAAGAAGAGAUUGAAAAAAUGCAAAAGAAAGUUGGAUCACAAGUCAACAAAGUUGCCUUACAAAAUCUUACUGGAGGAGGUCGCAAGAAAUUCAAUAUUGAAGGCAACGAUGCGGAUCUGGAUUGA